GAUACUCAACAAUCCAAGUGGCCGUCCACUGCGACCUCAUCAACGGCGUCGCCCCUGGCUUCCCGAGAAGCUUCCCCGACCAGACCAACUGCGAAAACGAGCAGGUCGAGCGGCUCGGCCUCGGCAGCCGCAGGGUACAGAUCGCGCAAGAACAGCGCACAGGACCCGAGCCCACCGAGAACUCGAUCAAGCAAGUCCACAUCAACACACUCGACCACAGUCCGACUACCGCUAUCCGCUGCGACGACGCCCACACUCCCACCACCGUCGGCGUCAGAGCCACUUGUGCGGGCCCCCGUCCCUCUAAAGCCUUCGGUCGCAGCCGAUUCUUCCAAAGAUGCGCCCAGGUGGCCUGUGUCUCCCCGUCUCAAAUCGCCGCCACCCGUUCUGAACAAACCGGCCACAACCCAUUCGCAAUCCUCACGAAGGCAUGACGCCGAGCCGCCAGCAAUAAGUGUGCAGCGAGCGACGCCAUCACCAAAUCCGCAGCCGCAGCUGUCCACAGAGCCACCAUCACAGGCUGCGUCGGAUAAUGACGGCGAAGACGCACACCUGUUGCCCGGCAUGAGAACCCCUGCGCGAGGGCCUAGUGGCGGGUCUUCAACGUUGGAGACUGUCCAGGAAGUCAGCCAACCUAAUACCCCAGGUCCAAACCUAGACAUGGCGGUCGAGAAGCUUUCUGAAGCUGCAGCAUUGGGUUCGGGGCUUGCGAGGUCUGACAGCGCUCAUAACAAAAGCUGCAAGUCUGGACAAAAUGGUACAAAUAGUGAGAGUGGCAGCGAAAGUGGUAGUAUCAAGACGAGCACACGUCGAUUCAGCACCGCUGCGCCCCCACCGCUGCUUCAUAGUCGCCAGUCUAGCACAACCCUGAAAUUUGGCGGAGGGAAAGGACACACUACGGGCGAGUCGUCUUCAAAAACAAUUAUGGUCGAGGAAGAGGAGGUCAAUUCGAUUCCACGGGUGGCCUUGGGCCUUGCACCCGUCGGUCAAGCAGCGAACGGAAGUCUCAAGACGAAGCAUAGCUCCGAGACAAUCAGACCCAAGAAGGAAAAGAAGAAGCCGAGUCGGAAACAACCAUCGGUAACUUCUGGCACUGGUGAGCCACCGAAUCUUCUUAACGUAAACCCACCCAAGCUUCGUCAUAGCGCCUCGUCAAGGUCUAUAUCAUCUCUCUUUUGUCCUUCACCGAAGAAGUCGUCCUGUCAAGGUCCGUACGUCGACGAAACUCCGAGUCCUCGGCGGCAGUCCACCCUACCAAAGCGCUCUCCAAGUAUAACUGCUCACAUGACCAACUUGCUAACUGGGGGACCACGCACAGCAUCCUCAAAAGCAGACAUAUUCGAGGCCAAAGUCGCCAGCGCCGUGGAAGAAGCUAACUCUUCCGACUCGGAUGAAACAUUUGUCUACGACUCGAACCCACCUGAUGCCAGUGACAGGCCAAGACGCUAUCACUCUCGUACGCCGAGCGCGACGUCCAUGGUCAGCCAGGUAGAUCGCAAUGGUCUUCGGUCAAUACACAGUGUGCUCGAGAACGGCAUAUCAAAUGCCGUCGUGAAGAAGAAUAUGAAAUUUGUGAACACUUACAACAGCAACGGAAAUGACAGUGUGACAGGCGACGAUGAUGGCAAAGGUACGGGAAGCCGUAGCAACGCUGGUUCGGCGCGAGGUACCGGCCGUCAUCAUAUCCAUCAAAACUGGCGCCGCAACGGUCAUUCCUCCAUACUCGACCAAGAUUCGCCCUUUUCCAACCCGGCACGAUCUAAACUUUCUGGCAACGCGUCUAGACAAUCGUCAAACCCAACCAGCCCCCGAUUCCCUGUUGGGCGGCCUGGGCUCAAUAAUGGUAAACGUCAAUUGCUUGCCGCCGGCCCCUACGACCUCGAUGAUACCACGACGGGGCCAGACGAUGAGAGAACCCCUCUUCUGCUCAAUGGCAAUAGAUCCCUCCGAUCUAACCGAAGCAGGCGCUCUAAUCAACGAGGACGCGACAUGGAAGCGGCGGCCUUCCGCCAGAGGCCUUCGUUCCUCAAUAGAUUCGCGAGCUGCUUGGUGCUUACCAUCAUGCUCUUACUUGUCAUAACGGGCGCGAUUGGCUUCAUGUUUGCAACAUCUCAACCCUUGACGGAGAUCCAGCUUAUCGAAAUUGAGAAUGUUCUGGCCAGCGAGCAGGAACUAAUGAUGGACGUCACUGUCAGAGCACAUAACCCCAACGUCGUGGUGGUGACCAUUGACUCAGCUGACUUGGAGGUGUUUGCCAAGUCCCGCCACGCCGGUUUUGAUUCUGAAUGGUGGCGCCAUCCUCAUGGAGACGAUGUGAACGAACUUGACAAUCCGUCCGAUGAUCAACUUGGAGAUCCACCUUCGGAUGACAAAGCACCCAACAUGCGACUGGGUAGCAUUAUUGUGCUCGACAGCCCUCUCAGUUUUGAGGGCAGCUUCUUCCAAUCGGGCAACUCUAUAUCGUCGGGCGAGUUACGCUUGGCUCGUCCCGGGAAUGGCACUGACGGUGGCUCUGAGCGAUGGGAGCGGAUUCUGUCAGACGAGUUCACCCUGAUCAUCAAGGGUGUCCUCAAAUACACGCUCCCUCUCAGCCAGCGAGUCAGGAGUGUUGCGAUAUCCGGUAAAACGACGGUCAAGCCCAAUUCGGCAAAUGACCCUACGAUA